GCGCACACAUGUUAUUAUACUUAUACGUAGGAAUGUAUAUAGAUCAUAAUAUUCUGAUGGCUAUUCAUUAUUGUUUAAUCUCGACAACCAAGACAGUUCGCCUGCAUAACAUAGGCCGGGGGUCACGUCUAUUUAAGUGCAUUUUCACAGCAUCGUUUGGACCACACCUAAUGCACAGAAUAUUUUUUGAUUACACAUAGUAUAGAGUACCAUAUUGUAUUAUUAUUAUCUAUUUAUACGACCGCACAAAUCGGUUUGUUCGUCAUUUGAGUUCAAAGUGUCAGUAUGGAAUUCGAUAACGGUUCAAAUAACUUUCAGAUACAAUUGCAUAAAUUAAACGAAGCGCCUUUGAAGAAAAGAAUCAGAUCGGGUGCUAAUGCCAGAGAACGAGAUCGAACUCAAAGUGUAAACUCGGCUUUUGAUGUUCUACGGGCCAUGAUACCCAUUGAUCCUCCUGACCGCAAACUAUCUAAAAUAGAAACAUUACAGUUAGCCACGAAAUACAUUAGUCAUCUGUCCCAGAUCCUAACUUCUGGAGAAGAUAGAGAACAAGAACACAGUUUCUACGAUGUAUGUAUAUUUUGUUUAACAAAUAGAAUUACUUCUUAAAUAGUAUACAAAAAACAAAUACUCUUUACAAAUUUCACCAAAAUGUUUUU